UCAGUUUUCAUUUCGAACUUGCCGCGGUUAGUGCGCGGCAAAAAUUUUUAUUUUUUUUUUGAAACGAACGAACGACGAUUUUAUAAAAAAAAUCGAUUUUACUUUGGUCGAUAUUUCGGGCGAAAUAUCGAUUUACCGCUUAUCGACUACUUCCUUAAUUAACUUUCCCGAAAACGCUUUUUAUUAAUUUUAUGAUCGCCACAAAUACGCGUCGAAAGUGUUAAUUGUUGUGAGUAGACGCGUUUUGUGAUUUUUUUUACCCAUUCGAGUUUUUAUCUCGCUCGGUAUUUUUUUUUUCUGUUUUUCUUUUGCCGAAAAUGGAGUAUUUAGACCAGGCCGACAUCACCCACUUUUUAGCCCAGGAGCUAUUAUAUCACCAGUUCAUAGCUCUAGAGGGACUAAAUUCGGGAGUACCGACGAGAACCACGCCCACCCUCACCCCCACCACCUUAAGGAACAUCGAGCAGACUUUUAUCGAACUGCAACCGGAACAGCACGAAAACGAGGCCGGAUUCGUUCCGCCCUUAGUACACUCGAUCGGCAACAAUCAGUACGUAUCGGCAUCCGAAGCCUCCACCACGUAUUUAUAUCAGCAACCCCCCGUUGCCAAAUCGCCGUCGAUUUGGCAAAGCAGCAAUUCGCAAUCGAGCACCGAUUCGAACACGAGAUCGACGCCGCCGCCCUUGACCACCAAGACGAACUUCAAUAACACUCCUCCCCACCAUCAGGGUGGUACCAAGAGGAACAUGGGCGGGAGGAAACCGAUGAAGGAUGAUAACAUCUCGCCGGAGGAAGAGGAGAGGCGGAGGAUCCGGAGGGAGAGGAAUAAGGCGGCGGCGGCCAGAUGUCGAAAGAGACGGGUCGAUCACACUAAUGCUUUAGUAAAAGAAGUAGAAGAAUUAGAAGAUAAACGCCAAAAACUGAUGGAGGAGAAACAGCAACUGAAAGAACUGAAAAACCACCUGGAAUGUUUAUUGGAGACCCAUCGGAUGACGCAAAAUUGUAAAUUGCGCGACAGCCCAUCGAGCGGCACCGCCGAAAGUAAAACAUUCGUCACCGAUCAUAUUUACUACGACAAAACGCUGGAGAGGGUCAAAACGGAAGUGAUCGAGGAGGGAAACGACGUAUUUUUGUUGCCAUCGCCUACGAUAAAGACGUUACCAAUGUUAAACGGUUCAGUACCGAAACCUCCCCGACCCUCCAGCCUGAACGUCGCGCUGGCGAAAAACGAACUGGCCGGCAUUCCGAUCACGACGCCCUCCCACGGCAUGACCUUCAACUUCGAGUCGUUGAUGGGCGGCGGUACCGGGUUGACCCCCGUCAGUACCCCGUUGGUGCCCACCUGCAGCACCCAGCAGCGUAACAUGCCCGCCAACCUGCCCGAUUUGGUGUCGCCCGACUCCCAACAUCCCCACAAGUUGGUCACGUUAUAAUGCUAAUGAUCGUCGCGUGUGUGACAUUUUUGACAGAUUUUUGGUCAGUCCGUUGUCAUAUGGCUGCAGAACGUUCGGAAAUGCUUUAGUUUAGAUGGACGUACGUAGGGCUGGUAGAUCAUGGCGUGUAAGCGUAGGAAAAAGAACAUCAUUUUUAGAUGGUCAAUUAGAUGGGCAGGUUUAAACAAGAAAAUCGUAUCUUCGUUUCUAAUUGAUGUUUGGUUAAGAAGAAAGUACAACUGGCUUGAUCGUUUAGUGGCAAAACGAACAUAAUCUGUUAAUUAGAACCGAUUUAACGUGGAAAAUCACGUGAUGCAUUUGAACUACUUUACUAUAACUUUGGAAUCACUGGUCAAAUGUUGUGGAAAUAUAUUUAUAUAAUAUGUGAUAAGCAAUGAUAAAUUAUGAAGUCAACAUUUUAAUUCUGCUUAUCCACUUAUGGCCGAUGUGUACCUCGCCAAGAACGUUCUAGAAUAUGGACACUUGAAGUUUGUUAUUGUAUAUCACGACUAUCAACAAAUCUAAAAAUGUAGGUGAUUUUCCAUAAGUCUUAUAACUUUCUUGCUGUUACAGAUAGAGACGUCAUUCAAAGACUAGGAUAUGCCACUAACAAUAAAGUAACUUUUAUGCACGAAUAAAAAAAUCUGAAAAAAUAGUUAACUAUUAUUAUUAGUUUUUUUACAAAAAUCAAGGUUUAACUUUUUUGACAUUUUAUGUUCGUCGUGAUGUUCAAAAAUCCUCAUAACUUACUUGCUAUUAGAGAUAGAAACCAUUUAAAGACAGGCACGUGCUUUAAUCAAUAAAGUAACUUUUAUGAUUCAAUAAAACAAUAUCAGAAAACGAUAGUUUUUCAAAAAAUUAAAAUUAUUUUUUUUUUGAUAUUUAACCGUUUUAAGUGAUUUUCAAAGACUGGCGUAUGAGACAAUCAAAAGAGUGACUUUUAUGCAUCAAUAAAAAAUUUGAGAAAUUAAUAGUUUUUGAGAAAAUAGUUAUUUAUGUAACUAGUGUGUAAAAUAGCCCUAUUUUUAUGAAUGGGAAACUUCCAUGAAUAAAAAAAGGGGUUUUUACGCACGGGUAACAUUCAAAAUUUUUUCUACGACCUUUACGCACGGUAGUAGAAAAAUAAGUUUUUUUGACAUUUUUGUCGUGAUUUUCAAAAACGCUCAUAAUUUACUUCCUAUUUGAGAUAGAAACUUAAUUCAAAGACUAGCACGUGGCCCAAUCAAUAACGUAACUUUUAUGCAUCACUAAAAAUAUCUGGAAAAUCAAUAGUUUUUGUAAAUUAAUAUGAUUUUUUCAAUUAUCAAAGAAAAUUUUUUUUCUGUCAUUGUGGUCUCUUAGGUGAUGUUCAAAAAAUGUCAUAAAUUUUCUGCCUUAAGAGGUUCUGAUUUAAAAACUGCUACGUAAAGAUACGAUUUUUUUAAAAGUUGCUCUCUCCGGAAAAAAUCAAUUUACAGAAAAAUUACCAUACCGAUACAACGAUCCGUUACUGUCAUAACUGUCAUGAAUUAAUUAACUCUCACACUGAGCCAGUGAUCGAAACGAACGAACCCUAUGAUAAUGGACUAAGACGCUCGAAUUACUAAUUAAUUAAUGCCAUCGGUGCCAUUUGUUUUUUUUUUGUUUUUUUUGACAUUCCUCCUCUCGGUGCUGUCAAAGUUGUCAAAACGCGAUCAAUCUCCUCCCUCCCCCUCCUCAGAUCGAGUUGUUUGUUGUUGUAAAUUUUUUUGAUACGACGAUAUACCGUUUUUUGAAGAUGUUUUAUUGAUCAAACCAAAUGAAUUGUGGUCACCAUUCAAAGUGUCAUCUAGUGUUAACUGUUUUAUUAAAAAAGUAUUUAUUUUUAUAGACGUACUGUGGAGGCGCAGGUUUUAAUUUAUGUGAUUUUUUAUUGAAUGAGACACGGAAAGGCAUAUAUUUGGAUUUUUAGUGUUCUCAAUUUUACUGACAAAAUCAAUUAAAUCGAACAAUUAUUAGAAACGGUUUUAUUCAAAGAUGUAUGUUAAAUUGCCGCCGGUUAAUUUGACCAUUAUUUAUCAUAUUUUGAUUUUCAAAUGAUUUGGGCAAUUUUAAUCAUCUAAAAUUAACGAAAAGGCAGAUGAUAUAUUUGAUUUCCAGUGGUUAGAUUUAUACGAUUUUAAUCUUAAAAUAAUUUGCACGAUUUAGCGUAACUAACUUAGUUAAUUAAAAUAAAAAGAAAAACAUAAAUUUUUAGUUCUUUCAUUGACUUGAUUUUCCUUUAAAAAAAAAGUUAUAUUACUAAAAAAAAAUAGUAGUGCAUUUGACCUACUUUGCCGUAAAUUUGAAACCAUUGGUCGGAUUUAUACGAUUUCAUCUUAAAAUGAUUUGUAUAACUUAGCAUAACCAAUUUGUUUAAAAAAAAAAUCUUUGCACGUCAAUAUUUUCAUUAAUAGUUCUUCGAUUUACUUGAUUUUUCCUUUAAGAAAAACUUUUUAGGUUGGCAAUAUACCCUAAUGUGCCUCAUAAUCGAACCAUUAAUUUAUGUAAAAAUUAAAUUAAUUAAAACCUGAGUCUCUUUUGUAUAGUAGUUUUUAAGCGUAUCCCAUAUGUCAGCAAUAGUUUGACAGCUGUCAAACGUGGUUUGUGGUGCAAAAGUUGUCAAUCUAGUCCAUGUCGUGCGUCAGGCAAGUGAAGAAAACAAUUGAAAUAACCUUUCUUUCGGUGGCCUCGUUACCGAAUCGUUUUGAAUUAUUUCCUUUACGCUGCCUGGGCCGAAUAUUGAGGUCUACCUUUUACUAAUUAUAUUUGCAAUAAUUGUUUGAAACGGUUGCUGCUCUGGCGACCGCUUCGUUGUUUUCUCUUGUAUAUUCUAGAAGAUAAGUGCUCAAGAUAUUUGCUAUUUUUGCUGUGGCGAUUUUUCCCCCUCUCCCUUUAAAAGCGACCAAGAAAUGCCUUUUUUCAAUUUUUUUUUUAUACGAAUGGGAAAAAAACUUAUAAUUCCAUCCAUGAUUUUUUACGACGUAGUUUGUAGGGAUUUAAACGGCAAGUCGGAGAAACUUGUUGGAAAAAUAAAAAAUUUUACGCGACUCGUGCGGGAAUCGCGCAUCAAAUGUUGCGCGAUUUUCGUGACGCACGCGUCUUGAAAGCGAAUUUGUGUUACUAAAUAUAAGUAUAUUACGAUUAUAUUUAAUAUAUUUCAAGAAGAAAAGUACUUUAUAUUGGAAAAAAAUAAAAUAUAAUUAUUGAUUAUAUAUAUAUAGCAAUAUUUGAGGUUACAAUAUUUGUAACGGACCCGUUUUUUAUAGAGUUAUAUGUAGUUUUGUCAAAUUUUUGUAUUUAUUUUAUGCGACGCUUACAUUUAUAAGGAGAAUAAAUUUUAUCUUUUCGGAAGAAAUUGA